AACAUUCGACUUUAAGUCUCUUGGGACAAAAUUCGAUGUCAUAUUAAUUGAUCCACCAUUAGAAGAGUUAGUGAUAUGUAGACGAUCACCAUUAGUUGCAGGUUCUAAUUUAGAUUAUUGGGACUACGAUGAAAUUGCAAAUCUUAAAAUCGAAGACGCUGCCGCAACACCUUCAUUUAUUUUCAUUUGGUCUGGAGAUGCUGAUGGGUUGGAUCGUGGGCGGCAAUUACUUCUAAAGUGGGGAUAUCGCAGAUGCGAGGAUAUUGUUUGGAUAAAAACCAACAAGAAAUGGGAUGGAAGUCAUCAUAUUGAGCCGAGAUCAAUUUUUCAGCGUACCAAAGAACAUUGUAUAAUGGGCAUCAAAGGAACAGUUAGACGUAGUACUGACGGCCAUUUUAUACAUUGCAACGUGGAUACUGAUGUUAUUAUAUCAGAAGAGCCACAUUAUGGGAUAGGCACAGCUAAACCCGAGGAAUUAUAUCAUAUUAUAGAGCAUUUCUGUCUUGGACGUCGAAGACUCGAAUUAUUUGGAGAAGAUCAUAAUAUCCGUCCAGGAUGGCUAACAGUUGGUUUAAGCUUGUCAAGUUCAAACUUUAAUGCGGCAACCUAUGCUUCAUAUUUUACUGAACAAAAUGGAUAUCUUCUUGGUUCAACAAAUGAAAUUGAGGCAUUACGGCCUAAAUCGCCUCCAAUUCGUGAUAAUUCAGUUUCUAAACUGGGACCUCAAGGCAACAUUAUGAAACAAAAAACAAAGAAACAACCACCUACUACGAAUAUUAUGACAAUUCCUCAGAUCCCUCCUACUUUAACAUUUCCUCAUCGAUGGAUCCCGCCUAUGGAUGGAAAAAUAUAUGGUAAUCCACCUAUGGAUGGGAAUAUUUAUGGAAAAUAAGAUAUCGGCAGUUAAUUUUAACACGAUAACAAGAAAAUCGUAUGAAUUAGUAUUAUAAUUCUGAAUUAUUAAUUUAGCUAUAAAUAUCUUGAAACUUUAUUACACAUUAAUCUUAUAAAAAGUUUGUAACCCGUUAUCCCCAUAUGAGCACAUUACCGUCCCAGCCACAACUAGCAACAAUUCCGUUUAAUACAGGAUGCCAACAUGCAUCAGUACAAAUUCCUUGGUGGGCAUUUUCAAUCUUUUUUAUAACUUUUGAAGACGACCAUUCAUAAAAAUAUAUUCCUCCAUUUGAAUCACCUGAAACUAUAUAGUCAGAUUCGGGUGAAAAAUUACAUCUGAUUGGAUAUCCAUUAACUAAAUGUCCUUCAAAUCUCUGAAUUAUGAGAUAAUUAAGGAGAAAAUAAAAAAAUCAACAAAUCCAAAUUAUUAAU